AUGGACUGUGUGCAAAACACAAAUCUUAUAAAUGUAACAAGAUUUCAUCACAGAAUUCAUACUCAAGAAAAUCCUUACAAAUGUAAUGAUAGUGGGAAAUCCUUUACCAAAUCCUCAAAUCUUCAAGAUCACUACAGAAUCCACACUGGAGAUGAACCUUACAAAUGUAAUGAGUGUGGGAAAUGCUUUACCCUGUCCUCAACUCUCCAAGUUCAUCCAAGAAUCCAUAUGGGAGAUAAACCACAUAAAUAUGAUAAGUGUGAGAAAUCAUUUAGAAUCUCCUCAAACCUUCAAGUUCAUCCAAGAAUCCAUAUGGGAGAUAAACCACAUAAAUAUGAUAAGUGUGAGAAAUCAUUUAGAAUCUCCUCAAACCUUCAAGUUCAUCAAAGAAUACAUACUAGAGAAAAAACUUAUAAAUAUAAUAAGUGUGAGAAAUCAUUUACCCAGUCUUCAACUCUCCAAUGUCAUCAAAGAAUCCAUACUGGAGACAAACCAUAUAAAUGUGAUAAGUGUGCGAAAUCAUUUAGAGUGUCCUCAAGACUUAAAAUUCAUCAAAGAAUCCACACUGUAGACAAGCCAUAUAAAUGUAACGAGUGUGGGAAAUGCUUCGCCCAGUACUCAGGUCUCCAGUUUCAUCAAAGAAUCCACACUGGAGACAAACCAUAUAAUUGUGAUAAGUGUGAGAAAUAAUUUAGAAUGUCAUCACGGCUUCAAGUUUAUCAAAGAAUACAUACUGGAGAAAAAUCUUACAAAUGUAGUGAGUGUGGGAAAUCAUUUACCUGGUCUUCAAAUCUCCAAUGUCAUCAAAGAAUCCAUACUGGAGAGAAACAUUAUGAAUGUAAUCAAUGUGAUAAAGGCUUUGCACAUCUCAGUCAUCUCCAAAGGCAUAAAAGAACACAUACAAGAAGGAAACCCUAUGAAUGUAAUCAAUGUGGAAAAUCCUUUGCAUGUCACUGA